AAAUUAAAUUUAAAUCUUUUCAAAAUGUUUGCUUGAAAAUUCAGUUAUUCAGUUAUUCAGUAAUUUAUUAUGAAAUUAUUUAGGUAAUUUCUAUCGCCCGUUUAUUUGUGUUAUAUGUUGCUAAAAUUAUACAGAGCGAGUAAUUUUUAACGUUGCAUUCGAGAAUUGUUCUAAAAGAUACACAAAUAUUCAAACUAAAUCACAUUUGGACAAGCUCUCUUAACAUGGAGGAAUAUCAAGCUCUCCAAACAGCCAGUGACGGAGGCUUCUCUACAGUAUAUCCCUGGUGUCCCAGAUGCCAAAAAGGGUUCAAGUAUAGAAGUAACUUAAUAAGGCAUAUGAAGUACAACUGCGGGGAAGACCCCCAGUUCCAUUGCUACAUAUGCAAGAAGAGAUACAGCCAGAAGGAUAGUCUUAAGCGACAUAUUCUUUCCAUACAUGAUAUUUUUAUUAUGCCCUUGUAGUUACUGUUUAUAAACGAAUAGAAAAGAAUGUCCAACGAACAUUUUUUAAAAUAUAAUCCUCUGAGAACAAAGCAAAAACAUUAAUUAUGUAGAUGUAAAUUAUGGAGAGUUUGAAUUGUGUGGAUAGGACAAUUUAAUUUUAGAUUAAAUCGUAGAACUGCAAAUUAUUAAGUGUAUUUAUUUUUCUUAAAA